AUGGCAGAAAUCCCAGCUGCAAUGACCAGCCCCCGCUCAGUCGGCCUUCCAGAGGCCCCAAACCGAGAUCCUUUGCCAGAAGCGCAAUGGCAUACCUUGCUGGCAGUCAUGGACACCGUCGUGUGCUCCUGUCAGAGAAACAAACCCCGUGACGUGGAUGAGGCAGGUCUUAGCGAUGCUGAACACGAAAAGACCACGAUGCACCUCAGGCAAAAUACUAGCCUUGAUCCUUCCGACACGUCAACAUUCGAUGCCUUCCUCGCCGAGAAACCCUCCGAAAUACCACUCUUUCAAGAUAUCCUGAAGCGGAUGUUGUCCGGUUUUCCCCAUGAUAAACUAGCUACGCUUCACAGCGUACUGUCCCUGAUUGAUAACUGGACUACGACUCUCCCUCUUACCGGUCGUCUCACGCCAUUCUCCAAAUUGUCCAUCAAGGACCGGACACGUGUGCUGCACUCUUGGAGAACCAGCUCCUUGGCUAGUUUCCGCGUACUGUUUAAGCAGCUUUCGCAAAUCGCCAAGCAUGUUUAUCUUCGCGCGAGUCCUCUUUUCGAUGAAGUCACUGGAUACCCAUCAGCCCCGUCUGGAUGGCACCCAAUCGAAUCCUACCCUUUCGAAUUCAUGGACUUCAACACAUCGCAAACUCCGAUUCAACUGGAAACAGAUGUCAUCGUCGUGGGCUCAGGUUGUGGUGCUGGUGUCGUCGCGAGGGCCAUCGCCACGGCAGGUCAUGGCGUCAUCGUCGUGGACAAAAGCUACCAUUUCCAAACGUCCUCGCUGCCUCUUGACCACAGCGAAGGCUUCUUCCAUCUUUUCGAACAAAGUGGUAUGCUAGCCUCAGAAGAUGGGUCCAUCACCGUCACAGCGGGAUCAUGCUUUGGCGGUGGUGGAACAGUCAACUGGAGCGCGUGCCUACAGACCCAAAACACGGUGCGUGAUGAGUGGGCGGACGAGCGAGGUCUCACCUUUUUCAAAUCAUCCGAGUUCCAGACUCACCUUGAUUCUGUCUGCGAGCGGAUGGGCGUCAGCGACGAGUUCAUUCGUCACAACCAUGGCAACUCGGCUCUGCUCGAAGGCGGACGGAAGCUAGGCUUCAGCGCAAAGCCUGUGCCACAGAACACGGGUAAUUGCGAGCAUCACGAUGGGCACUGCGCGAUGGGUUGCUGGAGGGGAGAGAAGCAAGGCCCAGUGAACGGAUGGUUCCCAGACGCAGCCCAGUGCGGGGCCAAAUUUAUCCAAGGAUUCAAGGUUGACAGGGUGCUUUUCACGAAGAAGGGUAAACAUGUUGCUCGUGGCGUUAUUGGGACCUGGACACCGAAGAACUCCAAGGAUACGACACCUAGAGUGGUGACCAUCAAGGCGAAGAGAGUUGUUGUUUCUGCAGGAAGUCUAUGCAGCCCCAUCAUCUUGAAGAAUAGCGGACUAAAGGCAAGCAAUGGGUCCCAUUUCACUUUUGGAGAAGGCGGAAUUCUCACGUCUGUAGUGACGAGCCUUGACAACCUGGAUGGGAAAGGCCACGGUGUUAAGCUAGAGCGUGUCUCAAUGAUACCUUCCAUGGCUCUUCCCUGGUUAAAUUGGACCUCUGGACUUGAUUAUAAACUAUUGUUAUCCAAAUAUCGCCACAUGGAGAUAUUCAUCGCUAUUACACGAGAUCGUGACACUGGCCAAGUUCUCAUUGACCCGACACGAGGCACGCCUCGUGUGGCUUAUACACCCUCCAAAUUCGAUACCCGCUCAAACUUGACGGGCAUGAUCGCCUUGGCAAAGAUCCUCUAUGUCCAAGGUGCCCGAGAAAUUCAUCCCGCCCUCCCAGGCCUUCGACCGUUUAUCCGCGCACAGGAAAGAUCUGAUAAUUCUGUUAACGGCUCUGCGGGCAUCACGGAUGAGAGAUUCCAAUCUUGGCUCAAGGAGAUGGAGGCACAUGGAAACAAGACGCCGGAAACGCCAUUUUGCUCUGCUCACCAGAUGAGCUCCUGCCGCAUGAGCGCCAAGGAAAGCGAGGGUGUCGUGAAUGAGUUUGGAAAGGUUUGGGGCUGUGAAGGGUUGUAUGUCGCUGAUGCGAGUGUUCUUCCUAGUGCCAGUGGUGUGAACCCUAUGGUAACCAUCAUGGCAAUCUGCGAACGGAUCGGUUCGGUCAUUGCCAAAGACUUGGCAUUGGAGAGACAGGAGACGGCGAGAAUUUGA